ACUUCCGGUUUUAUUUUCUGUGUAGAAAGUCAUUCAAAGUGUUGCUCCGAAAGUUUAAUAACAAUAGCUGCGAGACUUCUCUCCGAAAAUAUUACUUGAGGCCAAGAUGAGGUCGGUGUAUGCAGUGAUUGACGAAGACGGGGCCCUCAAGUAUCAGAUCGAAGAAAAUGUUGACCUGCCACCAAUGACAGACCACAGUGUGAUGAUCCAGGUUCGAGCAUGUGCACUGUCACCCUAUGUUCACACACAGAUUCUCCAGGAUGUAGGCUUGGCACACAGCAGACUCCCUGUAGGCAGAGAAGUGGCUGGAAUUGUUACACAAGUGGGCUCAGCAGUUACCAGUUGCAAAGAGGGAGAUGAGAUUGUAGGAGUGGUUCCACUGGAUGCACCAUGCUCUGGAUGUGCAGACAUCUGUGUGCUAGAGGAACACAACAUUGUCCUGAAGCCAGAGAAGGUCAGUUUUACAGAGGCAGCGUGUGCCGUGUCAGAUGGAGUGAAGGCCUACACAGCUCUGCACUACCUGGCCAGAAUAUGUGCCGGCGAAAUUGUCCUCAUCAUCAAUGGUGCAGAUGCUACAGGAACAGUGAUGAUCCAGCUUGCCUUACACUGGGGUGCAAAGGUCUUGACAACAGCAAGUAACGAGGAAGAGAGAACGUACCUGGAAGGACUCAGACCCUCCCCAUCUAAGGUGAUAGUGGUUGGUGAGAAGGCCAGCAGCCUGGUGAAGAGUUGUUUGGAGGAGACAGGAGGCCUCGGCGUAGACUGUAUUAUAGACAAUGGAGUGAGCCUGUUUGAAUCGGAAGAAGACCAGAACCUGGCCCUGGCUGUGACGUCCCAGUACCAACCACACAAACACGAGCUGCUGUCUUGUCUGGGCAUGGGGGGACGGUGGGUGACCUGCCAACCUGACCUACAGUUGGACCCACCAGACUCGUCCCUACUGUACCUGAAAGGGGCUAGUCUUAGCUUUCUUUUCACCGACGUGUGGACAUUGGCCUCAUCACAGCAAGGACGUUUCCUACGUAUCCUUCCACACUACUUUCAGACUCCUCUAGAUCUAUUGAAUGCAGUGAAUGUUUUUAUGAAAGAUAAAUAA